AUAAUAUAAACAUCACUAUAGCAACAACAGAAAAAAUUCAAAGACAGCUAAACUGUCAUAUUUGAAACUAUAUUUUUUUAAACUUUCAUAGACUGAACAGGAGUGAUUUUAAUCAAAUAAUGUGCUUCAUGCGUGCCAUCUAUAUUGUGCCUGAGAAAACUUCGCUUAAGUUUUUGUACCGUGAGCGCUGGAAGACAGCACUUCAUACAAAAUAUUUUACGUAAGCGAACUGUGCGGAAGUUUCACCCCCAUGGUCUGUGGACUUGAGUUGUCAAGAGUUGUCAAGUCAAAUAAUUUUAUUUCGUAAAUUUUCACAUACACAAUACACAUUAUUAAUUUUUUAAUUUUUAAUGAGAUUCUCCGCUACGAUACAUACCACAUGCCACCGUAGUCUGUCCUCCAGCGAUUAAAAAAGUAACUCAGUAUUUGAAAUUUGAGAUUCCUCUAAUUUAACAAUGCAUCUAGGGGUGAAUUUAUCAAACGCCUUGCAACAAUUAGAAAGUGUUAAAGCUGCUGUGGAUCAGAGUGAUGAUCCGAAGUUGAAGGCAGCUACAAAUGAUGACCUGAACCUCCUUAUUAACCUACUGGAAAGCCCUAUUUUAAAGAGCAUAGCCACUUUACAUGACUCAAUCGGAAUGCUGGCCACUCAAGUGGCUCACCACCCAUCAAUACUUCCAGGAGACUUUGACAUUACACCAGCUGGUGAUUUAGCAAUUCAAACCAGAAAUCUAUAUGGGACUCAUGAGGGUGAGGAAGAACAGAGAGUCCCACAGGUGUCACCACCUCACAGCCUAGAAUUUGGUUCAGGCUCUGACACUGAGCGGAUUCUUGGUCUGGACUCAGCCUCAGUCGAUUCUAACAUGUCACCCAAGCAGACAAGGGGGCUGCUAGAGAUGUCGCGAAAUGACGAUUCUCUGGUCUCUGCAUCAACCAACAUUGUGGCUGGAGAUUGGGCUCAAGUUGAAAUUAUCAACUUGGUUAAUGAUGGAACUGGACUUGGAUUUGGUAUUAUUGGUGCCAGAACAAGUGGUGUUAUAGUGAAGACCAUACUAGCUGGUGGAGUGGCAGAUCGCGAUGGCAGAUUGAAGUCAGGAGAUCAUAUAUUACAGAUCGGCGAUGUGAGUCUCAUGGAGAUGGGGUCGGAGCAGGUGGCGGGGGUGCUGCGCGCGUCAGGCUCGCGCGUGCGCCUCGUGGUGGCGCGCGCCGUCGACCCCGCGGCCGUGCACGCGUCCAACGCGCCCGUCGUACCCGCCAGGCUCCUGUCGAGUCCCGAAGCACUGGACCGCUAUCUCCUGGAGGCCGGCUUCGAGCAAGUGUUCCACACGCAACCCACGCCUGUACCACUCAACUCUAACGUAUCCAGAUUUGUGUUCGACGCGUCCAUAACACCACCGCCAGAAUCAGAUGCAGAAUCACCCGAGGUUGACCGGUUUACUGUCCAACUUAAGAAAGAUGAAAAUGGAUUGGGCAUCACAAUCGCAGGUUACGUGUGCGAGAAAGAAGAGUUGUCGGGUAUAUUCGUGAAGUCUGUGACUCCUGGCAGCGCUGCAGCAGUUAGCGGCAAAGUACGCGUCAACGACCGCAUCGUGGCCGUGGACGGCGUGUCGCUGGCGGGCAAGUCCAACCAGCGGGCGGUCGACGCGCUCAAGCAGAGCGGGAACAUUGUCACGCUGGAGUUGGAAAGGUACCUUCGUGGGCCGAAGUUCGAGCAGCUGCAGCAGGCGAUCGCGGCGGGGGAGAGCGCGGCGGCGGCGGCCACUGCGCACAACCCCUUCCUGCACAUGCACCGGCCCGAGCCCGCCGCCGACCAGGACAUACAGAUGACGCACCUGCAGAGCCCAGUAGAGACAACGGUGGAGGACAGCGAGCCAUCCCCACCGCGCAGCCCCGUCCCCCCCGCGCCGCGCGCCGGCCCGCAGUUCGAGAUGCCGCGGACACAGGAACAGAAGGACGCCAUCAAGAGGAAGUGGCAGGCCAUCCUGGGAGACGAAGUAGAGAUCAUAGUCGGCGUAGUGGUCCGAGGUGGCGGUGGUUUGGGCAUCUCACUCGAAGGCACCGUGGACGUAGAGGGUGGACGCGAGGUGCGUCCGCAUCACUACGUGCGGUCCGUGCUGCCCGAGGGUCCAGUCGGACGCGCGGGUGUACAUAAACCAGGCGACGAGCUACUCGAGGUAAACGGUCAUCGUCUGUUGGGCAUGAACCACCUGGAGGUGGUGUCGAUCUUGAAGGAGCUGUCCAGCGAGGUGUGCAUGGUGUGCGCGCGCCCGCGCCCCGCGCCCCCCCUCGACCUGGCGCCGCCCGCCGCCACCCUUGUCAAGGCCAAAUCGGACGGCAGCCUAGCAGGUGCGGGCGCGGAGGAAGGCAAUGGUCUCGGCGCGGGCGGGAAGGUGCGCUCGCGGAGCCUGGAGCCGCUCACCGGGCUCGCCAUGUGGUCGUCCGAGCCGCACAUCAUCGAAUUAGUGAAGGGUGAACGAGGUCUCGGCUUCUCGAUCCUGGAUUACCAGGACCCGCUGCGUCCGUCGCACACGCUGGUGGUGAUCAGGUCCCUGGUGCCCGGCGGAGUGGCCCAGCAGGACACCAGGCUCAUACCCGGCGACAGGCUGCUGUUCGUCAACGAUCAGAAUUUGGAGAACGCGAGUCUAGAGCAAGCAGUGGCUGCAUUAAAGGGUGCUCCGCGCGGUGUGGUUCGCAUCGGUGUGGCCAAGCCCUUACCGCUAGCUGACGCCCCGCCCCCGCUGCCGGCCUCCGCACCCCCUGUGUACUCCUCGCACGACUAGCUUGGACUGUACCAUUGGACCAUCUCCCAGUUGUGAGGAUCCGAUGGUAAACGUAUAGUAUACGGUAAGUCACAAACAGCGAUGCUUCAUUAGUGCGGUAGAGGGCCUUUGUGGCAGUUUGAUACUGUGACGAUGGCGUUAACCUAAACGCGAAUUUCUAAGAAAUUGAAACAGCGCCAUCUAGUGGCACUACUGCACAACUGUUUCAAUUACAUAUAAAUUCGCGUUUACGUUAACGCAAUGAUAACAGUAUGAAAAUAUUGAAAACUCCCACUAGGCACACAUAUCAUUUUACAGGCCAAAACACCCUUCCCAAACGGCCCACUAAGGUCCGAGUCUCAGAGGAGACGCCCUUAGAGAGCCAUCCCGCCCACGUCUUCUGCGUUUACCCAAAUUCUUGGUGACGCCGCUGAGGUCCUAUUGAAGAGCCUACGGAAAUUACAUAAUCAGACGAAUAAAAAAAUCGGAUUAACUCGUUGUAUGCCACACCGUCCGCAAUAAUGAGGCAACGCUCUAUAAGUUGGACUUUUGACGUGAAACGUCUUUAAAUACACAUAAGUAUAGUACGCGCCAAACUUCGAGACCGCUCUGAACAUGAGCGUAUAUCGCAGUGUAUGGAAACGUAUCCCAGCGGGGUUAAAUUUGCUCAGUUCAAUAUCAGAGCGGACUCUAAGUUUGGCGCAUACUAGAACUGCCGAAGCUUAUUAUGGCUUGUAAGGACUUAUAUACUAGCGAUAGUAAAUAUUACUGAAGAUUUUUUUUAAAUGACAAUUAUUGUUUUAAUAACUCGUACACAUAUAUCUUAUUUAUUGUAUAUGAUGUAAUAUAUAUAUUAACUAGUACUUUACUAUCGCCAGUGUAAUUUAUGACACCUAUUAUUAUGAAGAUUGUACUUAAUAGAUGUAAUAAUUUUAGAUUAUCAAUUUAUCGUACUCAAUGACAAGUUUAUCCCAUACCAUAAAUCGAUGAAUAUUUAAGAUAUAAGUAUUUAGAGUUUAUUAGAUCGUUAUUCUAUUAUUGUUAUCAACAUUCCAAUAAUUGUAUUGAUAAUAAAAAAUAUUAAACACUUUAUUGUUUAUUCAAUAUAGGACAGUGCGGUUGACAGGUCAACGCGUAUGAAGUUUUAUAUAAUUUUCUGAUAAAAUGUAUGACUUAAUGGAAUUGAAAGGGAUGCCGCCGUAGACAGAAAUUGAUACACAACUUCAACAUGCGGCGAAUUCUCUCGAAAAAGAGAUAUACUUAUGCAUUAUCUCUGUAAAGAAACGCGACAAGGCGAUUCAAUAUACGGCGCUAUGUUGUUUGCAUUUUUCUGUCGACAAGUUGUCAGAUGGUAUAGAGAGAUGUGAAAAUAAUGCCAAAUUCGAAUAUCUUUCGAAAUAAUUUGACGGACAGCGGCAUGCUAAUCGCUGGUCCAUUUCAUACUCCUUCAACGGAUACCGCCCACUGGUCUAAGAGUGAAAUAACAAUUACCGAUUAACGAGCACGAACGAUUAAUUAGCAGGAAGUACUAAUAGACCAAAAUCUAUCCAAUAAGCCGGAUCUUACAAUGGAAUUCAUCGAGUGUCGAAUUUGAACUCUAUGCGUUUGAGAAUUCGACACUCAGCGGGUGAAUGGUCCCCUGUGGGUGCUCCUGCAACGUUUAUGAAUUCCACUGUAAGAUCCGGCUUAUUGGAUAGAUUUUGGUCUAUUAGUACCUCCUACUAAUUAUCACAAAAACUUUCAACAAAUGUGUGUAUAAAUUUUAAUUGAUACCUAAUACUAGAGUCAGAGAAUCGGUAUUUAAUCGGUAUCUACUUUCUCAAUCUUUAAUUAAAUGAAAGUGACACUUGUCACCCGAACUAUCCUAUAAUUGAAAGUAUUAAAGUUAGUUUUACAUUAAUUACUUUCACGGCUAUACUUACGUAAUAUGCCAAAUAGCAAAUUAUGUUACUCCCAAACUAAAUAUAAGUGCACGUAUCUUAAGAAAUUAUUAAAUUAUGGAUUUAAUAUUUUAUCACCAAUAUUUCUGAGGUAUUUCGUUAUAUUUGGACGCCAAAAACAACAACUUAAUAGAUUAAAAUUGAAACACUGCUCAAAUAAAUUGACAUGAAACCUAUACUCUGCAAUUAUUCGUACAUAGUCUAUGGUACUUCCAUGGUACAUUGUUCCAAAUGCGGGAGUUAAUCUUCCGUUUCAUAGUUUUAAAUGACGUUACUUAUAACAUCAUAGGCAAUGAUGUUAGAAGAAAAAAGAGGUAGAUAGGACAUAAACCACAUUCAAUAUUUACAACUUGCACACAAAAAUUAGUUUAACUGUGCGAUGACGAAAAGGCGACUGAGCUUAGGUUUGCUAAUUAGCUUAGUUUUAACGUGCCACUUUCGGUCCGCGUAUACCUAUUUUUUCUUCUAACGUCAUUGAUUAUAGGUAUUAUUAGUUGUAAGAUUGACAAACGAAUUAUAUUGUUAUUAAAACAAAUGAAA